CCCUUGCAUUGCACAAUACUUGAUUGGCACUCACCCCCUUAGAGGAGGAGUUUGCUGCAUGUCUCUUUCAGCAGGGGUGACGGCCGCUCUCUCUCUCCUGCUCCAGUAACUGGAGGCACAAGUUCCUUCUUCCCCAGCCUCAACUUCAUUUUUCAGAAGGUCUGGCGGUUUUCUGCUGCCACAGCCAUGGCACCCAAAAAGAGCAAGGCGACCAAAAAGAGUAAAGGAGACAUAAACGAUAUGACCAUAAUGGUUGAGAACAGCCCAGUCAACAAGAUUAAUGGGUUAAACACUCUAUUAGAAGGAGGAAAUGGCUUCAGCUGCAUUUCAACCGAAGUCACUGAUUCUGUUUAUGCCCCAAACCUCCUGGAGGGUUUGAGUACCAUGAGACAGGACAGCUUCCUCUGUGAUCUAACAGUCGCCACCAAAUCAAAGUCAUUUGAUGUCCACAAAGUUGUCAUGGCCUCCUGCAGCGAAUACAUCAGAAACAUCUUGAAGAAGGAUUCAACCCUCCAGAAGAUCGACCUGAACGACCUCUCACCAGUCGGCCUCGCCACUGCAAUUACAUACGCAUACUCAGGAAAGCUCACCCUGUCGCUCUACAGCAUCGGCAGCACCAUCGCUGCAGCCAUGCUGCUGCAGAUCGGCACCUUAGUGAAGAUGUGCAGCGAUUUCCUCAUGCAGGAGCUCAGCGUGGAGAAUUGCAUGUAUGUGGCCAAUAUCGCCGAUGCCUACGACCUCAAAGAAACCAAGGAGGCAGCUCAGAAGUUCAUGCGCGAGAACUUCAUCGAGUUUUCUGAGAUGGAGCAGUUCCUGAAGCUCACCUAUGAGCAGAUCAGUGAAUUCCUCUCGGACGAUUCCCUGCAGCUCCCCUCUGAGGUCACAGCCUUCCAGAUCGCCAUGAAAUGGUUGGACUUUGACGACAAGAGGUUGAAGUACGCAGCAGAUCUCCUGACUUACAUCCGCUUCGGCACUAUCUCUGCCCAAGACCUGGUGAAUCACGUCCAGAGUGUUCCUAGAAUGAUGCAAGACCCUGAGUGCCACCGUCUCCUUGUUGAUGCCAUGAAUUACCAUCUGCUGCCAUACCAACAGAACAUCCUCCAGUCACGCAGAACAAAGGUACGCGGAGGCCUCAGAGUGAUUCUCACAGUUGGUGGACGCCCUGCCUUGACAGAGAAAUCCCUCAGCAAAGACGUCCUCUACAGAGAUGCAGAUAACGUGUGGAAUAAGUUGACAGAAAUGCCAGCAAAGAGCUUUAAUCAGUGUGUGGCUGUGCUGGAUGGCUUCCUGUAUGUGGCAGGUGGUGAGGACCAGAAUGAUGCAAGGAACCAGGCUAAACAUGCUGUUAGCAACUUCUGCAGGUAUGACCCCCGCUUCAACACUUGGAUUCACAUGAACAAUAUGAUCCAAAAGCGCACCCACUUCAGCCUCAACACCUUCAACGGCCUCUUGUUUGCUGUCGGAGGCCGAAACGCUGAUGGUGUUCAGGCCUCCGUGGAGUGCUACGUGCCCUCCUCAAACCAGUGGCAGAUGAAGGCUCCCAUGGAGGUGCCUCGCUGCUGUCAUGCUAGCUCAGUCAUCGAUGGCAAGAUCCUGGUAUCUGGAGGUUACAUCAACAACGCCUACUCCAGAGCUGUGUGCUCUUACGACCCGUCCACUGAUACGUGGCAGGAUAAGAGCAGUCUGAGCUCACCUCGAGGCUGGCACUGCGCCGCCACCAUUGGAGACCGAGCCUAUGUGAUUGGUGGCAGCCAGCUGGGAGGCCGUGGGGAGAGGGUGGAUGUCCUGGCUGUUGAAUCUUACAACCCUCACAAUGGGCAGUGGAGCUACUGCGCGCCUCUGCACACGGGGGUGAGCACAGCCGGCAUUUCCAUUUCGAACAACAAGGUCUAUCUCCUCGGGGGCUGGAACGAGGGUGAGAAGAAGUACAAGAAAUGCAUUCAGGUUUACAACCCUGACCUCAAUGAAUGGACUGAGGAUGAUGAGUUGCCAGAAGCUACAGUCGGCAUUUCAUGCUGUGUUGUCAACAUACCCACACGGAAAACACGAGAGUCCAGAGCCAGUUCAGUCUCAUCUGCACCAGUCAGUAUAUAAAGAAUCAACUGAUAGCAAUGACGUAGUUUGCGUGCCUAAAGGUCUCCAGCUUGUCUGUUGCAUAAUCUUGUUUGAUGACUCUCUUACAAAUUGAUCAUCAGCUUUCUUUAGAUUAACCAGUUAACAAACGGUUUGCAAGGAUUACUAAUUUGGGAACAUGUUCUUGUAAAAUAUUUUUAAAGCUUGGUUUAUUCGAAGCAGCUUAAUUUGAAACCAGAACUGAAUUCAAUAGCCACAUUUAAUAAUUAGCAUAUUUGGCUUUGCUAAAGCCAGAUAAUGAUCAUUCUUAGAGAAAUUUAAUUCUGGGGCCAAUUUAGCUGGCAUAAUUUCAUUAAUCCUGCUUCUACAGAAAAUAUAAUAUUAAAUAAAACUCAAAUGAAAAGUAUUUUAAAAAUGCAAAAAAUUGUGUUUAAAUUAAUCUAGAACAUAAUGUUUUGGGUUUUUUUUUACCCAGUACCAUGGAAGUUAUUCUGGAUUUUGCGACAGUCCUGUUUAUGGGGACUAUAGCUACUGUGAUUCUCACAUACUUGAACAGAAUAAGAAGCUGAAGCUGGAAUAAGUGAAUAAGUGUUGGUUUCACCUACCGGGAGUAGGUGGCUGUGAUAAGCGUUUAAACGCACCACACAGUUAGACUGCAGUUUCUCCACAUGUCUCAUGUGCAGUUCUCGGUAGUCUUGUGUCGUAUGUUUGUGUCAUCGUCAUCUAACACUAUCCGUGUGAACACAACAGUCUGUUAGGAAAAUAUUGCAAUGAAGAGGGUUGAAUGGGUUGAGAAGUGACAGCAAUAAACUAUUUUGUAAAAAAGAAAAAGAAAAAUAUAACUGGGGAAUGAUGUUCAGAGCCUGAGCUGUCCUGGAAGUCAGCACUCGUGAAUUCCCUGACUGCUCAUGUCUUUCCAUUUUUUGUUUUUAAAUUAAAGAGAUGAAAUGUAAGCUGUUUUGAGAUGUGGUCAUUUAUUUAAAACAGUUUCCAUGCAAAGUGUAUGUUUAAUUUAUUUCUUACUUUAAAAAAAGCAAAGGCAUGCAUUUAUGCGACAAACCUAAUUACAAAAAUAGCUCUGGUCUGUUUUUGACAACUUUAAAUCUCAACAAUCCACAAAUGUGCAGUUACACUGGAUUAUUUUGCUGUUUUCAAAUAACUCAUAUCUGCACUGCCUUCAUUUAGUAAAUUGAAAGUUCCUUUAAAAUCACAGUAAAAUGCUAGCAGCUGUGGUCACCAGUAUUUUAUUGUAUUUGUAGAGUCUUUAAACAAUAAUUUAUUUAAACAGUUAACUCCUAUACAAUUGACAUACAUUAAUUGAUACAGUACUCUACAGUAAAACAUAUCUGACAGGAUUUUCACAGUGAUUUAUUACCGUAUGUGUUUUUCUCUGUAUAUAUACAGUAUAUAUAUUGAUAUUACUUUUCAGCAAUGAGCCAUGGUCAAUAUAAUUUUUGACAAGAGUUUGCAAUAAAGAGUCUUUCAUGUCAAACUGAAACCAAUUUCUACAAAGUAAUGUCAAAGAAAUGAAAAAUAUAAAAUCUAAAGUAAGUAUUCACCCUCUUCAAGUCAGUAUUUAGUAGAUGCACUUCUAAUCGUGAUUACAACAUCAACCCUGUGUGGACAAGUCUCACUCAGCCUUGCAUGACUAGACAGCGCAGCUUUAGUCUAUUUUUCUUGGCAGUUUUCACAGAAAUCAUGAGUGAAUGGCUUAGUUCAAGUCCAGACACAAAUUUUCAAUUGGAUUGGGGUGUUGGCUCUGGCUCACUUACUUCAUAACAUUCACCUUGUUGUCUUAAAAACAUUUCUGUGUAGCUUUGGCUGUGUGCUUCAGGUCAUUGCCUUACUGAGAAAGAAAUCUUCUCCCAAGUCAUAAUUCUCUUGCAGACUAUAUCAGGUUGUCCUCCAGGUUGUCCCUGUACUUUUCCGUAAUCAUUUUGCCCUCCGCCUUUACAAGCCUUCCAGGGCCUGCUGCUGAGAAGCAUCCCCACAUCAUGAUACUGCCACCACCGUGAUUCACGGUGGGGACGGUGUGUUUGUGAUGAUGUGCAUAAUGUCCAGCCUGAUGACCAAAAACUCAAGUUUGGUUUCAUCAGACUAAAGAAUCUUCUUCCGGUUGAGUGAAGAAUCUCAUACAUGCCUUCUGGCAAACACUAGUCUCGCCAUUAGAUUUAAUAUGAGUUUUUUUCAACACUGGCUUCUUUCUCAGGCUCUCUUUGUUAGAGUUUGAUUAGUUUCUGUGACAGACAUCGGGUUUUAUUUAUUUCUAAGACUUUUACUGGUUUUCUGCCUCCCUUACAUAACUAAUCACUAAUAAUUACUCUCUUUAAAGGUAAGCCCUUACUAAACAUAAAUGACUGGAUUACAUUGUAGGUGCGGACUGUUUUCACUGAACUCGGAAAAUCCAGUUUUACUUAAAGUGCACCUGCAACCUGGAAAAACCUGCAGAACCAUUCACAGCUUGAUUAAUUUUUAGCCCUAAAGAAAAUCAGAUUUUAAAUUUCACCUUGUUUGACUUCCAGCUGCUCUUAUUUAAGUGGAUUAGUUUGUUUUUUAAAUCCCAAAUGGUUUGAUUAUUUUACCAAGUUUGCCUAACAAUAUUUUUUAUUGUUGUUAUCGAGCUUCUCAUUUGUGUGCUUGCACCUUUUAUUGUCAUACUCGGUUAUAUUGAAUAUGGCCUCUAUACCCGAGUGAAUUCCAAUUUAUGGAAAGGUUCAAUGAAUGAGUGAAAUAAUAAACUUGUGCUUUUUGCUCUGC